UGUUACCGAAAGGCCGUGGCGGAUAUCACAUUGCCUGAAGCCUAUGGUAUUUAUGUAGCAAAGGGGGCGCUGUUUGUCAUUUUUGAUCAUACCAUUAUAUCAUUAUAUACCAAUCCUAAAUAACUACUUCUCGAUCAAACCGGACCAAAAGAUAAUACCACAAACACCUCUUUCCCAUCCUCACCCCCUAAACCGCAAUCAUGGUCCGAUCCGCCCCCAGCAAGAGAUGCUACGUCCUCGGCGUUGGCAUGACCAAGUUCAUCAAGCCGCGCGGAAAGGUUGACUACACCGAGCUCGGUUUCGAGGCCGGUGUCAAGGCCAUGCUUGACGCCCAGAUCAGCUACGACGAUGUUGACCAAGGUGUCGCCUGCUACUGCUACGGUGACUCCACCUGCGGCCAGCGCGUCUUCUACCAGUUCGGCAUGACCCAAAUCCCCAUCUACAACGUCAACAACAACUGCUCCACCGGCUCCACCGGCCUCCACAUCGGCCGUGACGUCAUCUCCAACGGUGGCGCCGACUGCGUCCUCGUUGUCGGCUUCGAGAAGAUGAACCCCGGCUCCCUGCAGAGCUUCUGGAACGACCGCGAGAACCCCACCGGCACCUCGGGCAUGAUGAUGGCGGAGACCCGCGGCGUCACCAACGCCCCCGGCGCCGCCCAGAUGUUCGGCAACGCCGGCAUCGAGUACAUGGAGAAGUACGGCGCGUCGAACGACGACUUCGCCGAGAUCGCGCGCGUAAACCACGAGCACAGCCAGCGCAACCCCUACUCGCAGUUCCAGCAGGUGUACACGCGCCAGCAGAUCCUCGACUCGCCCACCAUCUUCGGCCCGCUCACCAAGCUGCAGUGCUGCCCCACCUCCGACGGAGGCGCCGCCGCCGUCCUCGUCUCGGAGGAGUUCCUCAACUCCCGCCCCCACCUCCGCUCCCAGGCCGUCCUCAUCGCCGGCCAGGCACUCACCACCGACGCGCCUAGCCUGUUCAGCAGGAGCUCCAUCGACCUCAUGGGUUACGAUAUGAGCAAGGUUGCUGCGGAGAUCGCGCUGCGCCAGGCUGGUCGCACUACCGCUGACGUCCAGGUCGUCGAGCUCCACGACUGCUUCUCUGCGAACGAGAUGGUUACUAUUGAUGCCCUCGGCCUAUCUGAGAAGGGGAAGGCCCACGAGCUCGUCCGUAACGGCGAUAUCACCUACGGCGGGAAGUACGUCAUCAACCCCUCUGGAGGACUCAUCUCCAAGGGCCACCCCCUGGGCGCCUCUGGUAUCGCGCAGUGCGCCGAGCUGGUGUGGCAUCUUCGUGGAUGGGCUAACAACCGUCUGGUUCCCUCCGGAACCAAGGUUGCGCUGCAGCACAACCUCGGUCUUGGUGGUGCCGCUGUCGUCACCGUGUACGAGCGUGCCGAUGGCCAGACCGCAACCAAGGUCUCGGAUGAGCAGGUUGGAAAGCUUAACGGUCUGGGUUACAACCCGGCUGUUGUAGCGAAGGGGUUCACUGCUGAGCAGGCGGCGAAGGUCAGGAGUAAGAACCAGAAGAGCGCGUGGGCGCUUGGUGAGGCUGAGGCGAAGGUUUUGUCCCGCUUUUAGAUGAAGUCAGGGGAUAGGGGAGGGAGCGAGGGAUGUUGUAUUUUUUGUAUAUUUGAAAAAAAUUGCUAGCCAUGCUAUGAUGAAGUAGAUAUUGAUAUUAUAUUAUACCAG